UUGCAUACAAAUUUGUUACAACAUGGAUGACAACUCCAGGAGUUCUUCGCAGGGUCUCCAAUAAUGGACUCCAUCAAACUAUUUUUAGUGAUCUCCGAUGCAUUGGAAAAUAGCUCAGGGAAGAUCUUUAAUAGUUUCGCCUUGCCAGAGAGCAGGCUAAAUGGCUGAACCGUCAACUUUUAGAGAGAGCAGCGUCGAUUUAACAGCUCCAAAUUGCCGUCCAGUUCUUCAGGAAAAAGCCAAACUCGCAGGAGCAGCUUGUUCCCGUGGUGAUUUCAGACAGGCCGUUGAUCUCUACACCCAAGCUAUCGAACUAGAUCCUAAUAAUCAUGUCUUAUACGGCAAUAGAUCGGCUGCUUGUAUACGAAUUUUGGACUUCGAAAGAGCUCUAGAAGAUGGGAAGAUCGCUGGAAAACUUCAGCCACUAUGGCCCAAGGCCCACUACAGGCAAGGUGUUGCUUUACAGUGCCUUGGACGCCAUGCUGAGGCACUCGCUGCUUUCUCCACUGCGCUUGCGCACGACGACAAGAGCCCUCAACUUCUUAAUACCCUCUUGGAUGCGGCAAUGAAGUCACCCCUAAAAGAAACACUAAAACCAAUAUGCGAACACUUAAAGACCAUGAAAUUAGAUCGAAGCCCAUUCGUAAUCAUCUCUGUGAUUGGGCAAGAGCUACUAUCAAUUGGUCAUAUUGCUGUUGCUGUUGGAUGCCUGGAAGCCGCUCUCAAGAUCGAUGCAUGUGGUCUCAGGCUACGAGGAUCUGUGAUCUCAGCUCUUAGUACUGCCUACUGGAAACUAGGUAACAUCAUUAAGGCUGAAGAGUACAUGAAGCAAGACCUUGAGACUUCGCUGUCACUUGGCGAUAAGGCAGGAGAGUGUAGAGCGCACGGAAACCUCGGAGGAGCUUACUAUGCUCAGAGGAACUUCGAAAAAGCUUUAGAACAUCAUCGAAAACAACUCGAUAUCGCCAUGAAACUCAAGGACCGAAAAUCAGCGGCUUUGGCGUUAAGCUCUUUAGGACACAUUUAUGUAGCUGAUUGCGACUACAGUGACGCUCUAAACAGUCAUAAGAAAGCAUCAGUCAUGUAUAAAGAACUGGAAGACCGUUUAUCAGAGGCGCGCGAGUUAGGUAACGUUGGAGCGGUGCAUUUAUUGCUGGGACAGUACGAGGAAGCAAUUAGAUGCCAUCAGGAACAUCUAGACAUCGCCAUUGAACUGCAAGAUAGGACAGAAGAAGGAAAGGCAUACAGUGAUCUGGGCAGCGCGUAUCAUUAUAAAAGAGACUUUGACAAAGCGAUACACUUUCAUAAGCUUGUUCUAGAUAUCGCGAAGGAGACCGAGGACUUCUCGAUGGAAGCACGAGCAUAUGCAGGUCUAGGACACGCCUUCAGGUGUAAGGGGGACGUGGAUCAGUGUCGUGCAUACCACGAAAAACAGCUCGAAGUUUCAGUUCGGUCAAAAGACCGCGCAACAGAAGGUCGAGCGCUCUCCAAUUUAGGAAUCAUUUUUCAACAUCAAGAACAGUAUCAACAAGCAUUGAAGCUCCACAAAGCUCAUUUAGCGAUAUGUAAAGAAUUAGAUGAUAGAGCGGGGCAGGGUCGUGCGUACGGAAACAUGGGGUGCGCGUACAGCGCUCUGGGUCGUUACGACCAAGCGAUCAAAUUCCAUAAACAAGAACUUCUCAUUUCCAGAGAGGUCAACGAUCGUGCGUCAGAGGCCUGUACACAUGGUAAUCUAGCAGUAGCUUACCAAGCAACUGGAGCUCUUGAUAAAGCUUUGAAACACUACCAACGGCAUCUAACAGUAUCAAUUGAGCUCAAAGACAGGAAUAACGAAAGUAUUGCUGUAAGUAACUUGGGAAACUUCUUCAGUUCGUGUGGUGAAUUCGAGAAUGCUCUCCCCUUUUAUGAGAAAUUUUUAUCGAUUACGAAACACUUGCGGGACAAAACUGGUGAAUGCAAGGCAUGCCAGAAUCUUGGGUUUGCACACUAUUCUCUUGGGAAUUAUUCAGAAGCAAUCUCGUUUUAUGAGAGGAACAUAGCUUUAGCGUCGGAUCUUGAUGAUCGGACUAGUCUUGCGAGAGCGUAUUGUAACAUUGGGCUCGCGCACAGCGCCCUUGGAAAUUACGACAGAGCUAUGGAAUUCCAACAGAAAUUUUUAAAAGUUUCGAAUGAGACAAACGACGCGCUUGGAGUUAUCAAAGCGCAUGGCAACAUUGGGGAUAUUUGUAUGGUUUUGGGUGACGCAGAGGAAGGAAUAGAGAAUUACAAAGAGCAGUUGAGGCUAGCGGAAUCAAUGGACGAUGUGAACUUACUUGGAGACGCAUAUGGGAAACUCGGUAGUUCGUACAGAACGGUAAAGGAAGCAGGCUUAGCUCUUGACUGUCAUCAGCGUGAGCUUAACGCCAGACAACAAGCGAACGAUAUGUUAGGGAUAUACAGAGCAUUUGGGAAUUUGGGGUCGAACUAUUUGCUGAUGCAACAAUAUGAGGACGCCUAUAAAUGUUUCUUUGAACAGCUUCAUAUCGCGAAUCAACUGGGUAACGGUGAACUAGAGUUAAAGGUGUUUGGCAAUUUAGGAUUUUGUAGGAGCAAUUCAGGAGAUUAUAAGGAAGCUUUAGGAUUCUUUGAGCGUCAAAUUGCUUCUUUAGAACAUAUGCCCGAAGCGUACUUAGAUAUUGGGCGCGUCCAUGGUAACUUGGGCGAAUGCUAUCACAAGCUAGGUAACUACGCGAUGGCUGUUCAGAAUUUCGAAAAGUACUUAAUGGCCGCGCAGCAAGCCGAGAGUGGGGCUGACCAGGACAAAGCGUACCGUGGGCUCGGCAACGCGCACAGAGCUAUGGGAGAUUUACAACAAGCUUUGGUUUGCUUCGAGGAGAGGUUAGUCAUCGCGCACGACUUGACAGACGUUAGCUCCAAAGGCGCUGCGUAUGGGGAAUUAGGCAACCUUCACAAGACGCUUGGCAAUUACGAAAAGGCCAUAAUGUGCUUUGAGCAUCAACUUGCAUUAGCUAGAGAGUCUGGUGACGUAGGGAGCGAGGGAGAGGCGUUAUCAGGGCUUGGCCAAGUCAACCAGAAGAUGGGUGAGUACGAGAAAGCACUGAAAUACCAUGAAAAGGAAGUUCAAAUAGCCGACCAGUUGAAUGAAACCAAGAGGAGGGCCUUGGCUUAUCAUCACCUAGGGACGACCUACGAGGUCUUGGGAAGCCACAAGCAAGCUGUCACCUAUCAGGAACAAUACCUCAAAUUAGCUGCGCAAAUGGGGGACCAAGUUGCGAAGUGUCAGGCGUAUAUAAGCCUCGGAAGGACUCAUCAUGCUAUUAGAAGUUAUUCUAAGGCUAUCUCCUUCCUGCAACAGGGUCUGACCAUUGCCGAGUCUCUCAGACGGUACGAGGAGGAGGCUCGAAUACGUCAUAGACUUGGCUUGUCGUUAAUGGCCAAUAAACAGCUAGACGCCGCGCAUGAUCAGUUGAAGCUUGCUGCAGAGAUUUUGGAGGAUAUCCGUAGGGAUGUGGUCAGCAAUGGUGAAUUCAAAAUUUCGUUGUACGAAUUACAAGCCGCGUGUUAUCAGGUACUUCAACGAGUUCUUGUCACCAUGGGUCGACAUGUCGAAGCACUUGCUGUAGCAGAACGCGCCAGAACCAGAGGAUUUGUAGAUCUGCUCCUAGAACGACAAGUAGGGACCAACUCUCGUACGGAUGUUCUAAAUCCUUUGGAAAACGCAUUUAAAACGGAGGAACAUAUUAUGGACUUCGUAAGAAGUCAAAAAGCAAGCAUUCUAUACUACUCAAUCGCCGCUGGACAUCUAUACAGCUGGCUCUUAAACCCAAAAGAAGGACUUGUGAAGUUUUGUGACAACAUCGUGGCUGAUGGGGAUACUGAUGAUACUCUACUUGAUUUAGAGCAAAGUAUAAAUGGAGAUUACUCUCAUACAGCGACAUUGCUGGACUCUUUUAUCACACAUGUACGCGACGCCUUGGGCGUUGAACCGCAUUUGAACCUCCAAAGAUCCUCAAGCACGACUGAGAAUGACUUUGAGGAGACCUGGGACCAAGAGAACAUCCUUGAGCUAUCGUCCAUACGGUCAUACCUGUCAACAGACGAAGACGAUGAUGCCAUGAGCAUAACCUCGAUUCCAGGAAGACCGGGCUCGUUCUCAACUCCCCGAAGCAAAUACAGGAACAUCAAGGGUAGCCUAGGGAAGUUGAAUGGUGUUCGGUCUGGCGGGAAGAAACAUGGACGUUCCAGUAAACCACCGUUACGUGCUUUGUACGAUCUGUUGAUUUCUUCCAUGGAAGAAUCUUUCCCCCCAGAAUCGACGUUUGAGAACGAUGGCUCAGAACUGGUACUGGUCAUCCAGGGUGAUCUCUAUCUUGUACCAUUCGCUGUCCUGCGCGGAAGCCUAUCCAAGGAACCUUUAUUCCGUCGUUUUAGACUGAGCGUUGUUCCCUCCCUUCAAGCCUUGCGCUCCAGUAACGAGGCAGCAAACAAACACAGCAGCAUAAAAAUCGAUCCCUCGUCGGUAUUGAUCGUCGGUAAUCCGAAUGUCCCUGCGACGUUCGGGCAGUGGGCGUCCAAUCCGAACGCCGAGCACGAAGCGAAGAUCGUAGCUGAAUUGUUCAAGACUUCGCCUCUUCUCGGAGCCGAAGCAACGAAAAACGAAGUCAUUGACAAACUCCCGAAAUCUCAAUGCAUUCACUUUGCAACUCAUGUGUCUUGGAAACUUGCUGCUGUAAUUCUCUCACCAAGUUCAUCAGGGAAGAAGCUCGGCUCGUCUCCUUCCAGUCCUAACAGCGAAGGGCUAGAACUGCUCGAAGAGAGUGACGAUGCUCCUCCUCUUUCGGACUUUCUGUUAACAGCAGCUGACAUAUUAAAUCUAAAGCUAUCAACAAAGCUUGUUGUUGUCGGCGCAGCUUAUAGCCACUCGUCCAAGAACCGCAUAACUUCAGAUGGGUUGAUUGGUCUUACACGGGCGUUUCUAGCCGCAGGGGUGCAAAGUCUUCUUGUGGCGUUAUGGCCCGUGCCGGAUUUAGCCUGUAAACUUCUACUGAAAGCAUUCUACGGUGCUCUACUCAGAGGGAUGAAAGCCAGUCAUGCUUUAAGUCAAGCUAUGCACGUCGUUCAGAAGACUAAGCAGUUUUCUCAUCCUUCGAACUGGGCCGGCUUUGUUCUAAUUGGAGGUGAUUCUACCUUGACAAACAAGGAAGUCAAGAUGAGUGAUGCCUUUGCUCUUCUCCUCAACAACCCCAAGUACUACAGAGAAGCCAUGAAAGUACUCGUACAUUUGGUCUUAGCCCUGCAACUCUACAAGCACUUGCAAUGCUGGCUCACGAACAUGACGUGGGUCUUGCUCUUAUAAACCUUUUCAACGAAGUCCUCUCGUGUUUUUUCAACAACAUGGCGAACGUUCAAGUCCCUUUGAAACUAAAGUUGUGGCGCACAUUAGGUUGUCAUGAUCUGCUGGCCUCGCUCGGGUUUGAUUUGGUUGGUGUUGGUAAACAAGAGGUCAUGUUAAGAUCAGGCAAAGCGAACAGUCGACGAGCACUGCAGUGUACUGUUCAGGCCUUAUGCGCCCUCACAGACACGGUCAACCCUGCAGACGUAGAAGAACCCGCCUUCAACCUGGUUGGCAAAGCGCAUUCCUCUUCAAUUGCGAUGUCCAACAUUUCAUUCGUGUCCGCCUCACUCGGCUCGGACCUCGAUAUGCGAACAAAGAGUGCGGAAGACCUGAACAUCAUGAACAGAGAGCGCCGAGGAACGAGUCCUCAUUCCAGGACUAGCGCGGUGGUUCGUCCUCGACGUCAUUCAAGUUCCACGGAAGCGUUAAUGCGCUCUUUGGCGGAUCUGGAAGCCGAGUCAUCUGUAGAUCCAGAGACACCAGAAGACGCAGUUGUGACGCCCACCCAGCCGCGCCCAAUUGAAGAUCGUCCAGCCAAUCAGAACUUCCGAGGUUCCCAACCAAUCGUUGCUAAUGUCAAUCGGAAAAGCUCUCAGCGAAGCGUCUCGAGUAUUGAUGUGAGUGACUUACGCGUGUCUCCAGUGGAUAUGUUACCUUCACCACCUGCGCAAACAGAAAACCAUUCUGAUUCAUCUGAUGUGGAUAGCUACUCAGAUAUCAUGGAACAGCAGAGGAGGGAUACAAAGAAAGACAAGAAAGGCAGUCAAACCAGUUUGGGGGCUAAUGGAGUUUCAAGUAGAAAGGGAGGGUUUAUACUACGCAAGACCCAUUCUUCCUCGAGUAGCGAAUUCUCUGUAGGUAAACAAGAAGAUAACACCAAGACUCCUGGUAGUAUUAGCUCGCUUCGUCCUCGGCAAAAGAUUCAAGACAGCAACGAGAAUCAUUUCAUUCAACAUAACAGCAUCAACAGAACCACGAACGAUAGGCCCUCAAAGCCACUGCAUUCGUACACAAGAAACUCCACCGCAAAUCUCCACGAAGUUCAAAGAAUACCAUACGAGACGCCGGUGAUGAAUCACCAUGAUCACAUUCCUGUGAAAUACAGAUCAGAGGGGAAUCUUUCUUCUUAUAAACCAGGAAUAAUCAAGGAACCUACUACGAAUGGGCUAUUAAGUACUCUGGAUAAAAAUGACACGAGACUCACUAAUGGUGACGUAAAGCGGUCCAAUAAUCCGGUAUACAGCAAGAAGCCGCCAAAUCGUGAUCACAUGACUCCUACAAAUUCGCAUGUACUAAACGGCGGUUACCAUCCUAGAGGUGCGCGUGACGACUUCUCGGAACGACGACAGUCAAUGAUUGAUUUAUCGAGUGAUGAUGAGUUCUACAGCCAGCACUCGUACGCAAGUCAUUUACGAAACAUAAGCUCUAGUAAUGAAUAUUUACCGCGGCUUACGCCUCCGAAACGCGGAAUCAACCAAGUGAUAGCAACUAGAGUGGUUAAUGAUUCUAACCUCGAUGGAAGAGUUCGAAACCACAAGUCAAAGGACACACGACAGGGGCUUAGAGUACAAGUGUCAAAUAACUCGUAUUCUUCGCAGGACAGCACGAGUACUGAGUCCCCUACUACACGGCAAAUUGCGGCAGAAGAAGCUGCUACGGCAUUGAUGCAGAACCAUGUGGGAAGUGGUCUGUCGAGAGGUUCAUCUUCUGCCAGUACACUGACGAGAGAGAACUUGGCUAUGAAAGAAUUUGAAGAAAAUAGCACAAAACACACCAAACUCGAGCAGGGACACAUUGCUAAUCUGGCUCAUCUUCAAUCAUCGUCCUGUUAAGUGUAGACAUCUCAAACCAUUACUUUACUCGUGUCUACUUGUUACAUCUCAAAACCGAGUGCCAAAUUUUCCCCUUCAUUACUGGUGUUCACAAUGCUACAAAUGUUACAAAUGUGUUUCUCCAACUAGUCAAUCCAAUUGAUAUACAUUUUUAAAAUCGAAGAAUUAGAUCAAUUUCCAAUUUUAACUAACUUUUUAAUUAUUAAUAUUAAUAAGAAAUGAUUUUAAUAUAAAUUUUUACCUCAAGAUUUUUCAAUGCACAGAAGACACCAAGGCAAAGUGACACACAUGAUAUAGGGCAGACACUGAAAAUGAACGAAAAUGUGGUAUUCAAAUUUUGUCAUUCAAGCAAUUUGAGUAGACAAUUUGCUCUUUUGUACUUUUUAAUGUUUUUUUUCUUUGGAAAGCUUUAAUAUACAAUCCCCCUGGACACAUUCCUAACUUCAUUUUUGGUUUCUGAAACAAGAAGGGUUUACAGCCUCCUUGCUGCCAUUACAGUACCAGUACUUGGCAGAGGUUUUUCGGAGAAACAGGAAAUCUCUGCCAAAGCAGGUUACCCCAAAGGAAUUGAUGUGUGUCCCAGUUACUAAAGAAAUACCAGGCAUUUUUUGAGGAUGACUGGUGCCAAGAGAGCUGAGGGCCAAUAAUUUUCAUAAAGGUAAAAAAGCUACCGACAAAAUUUACACAAGCAAAAUAAUAUUCAUAGCCACAACACAGAGUACAAUACAUCGUCCAUAGUCAAGCCACGUUGAGGUUAAGGGUAUUCAAAGCAAACUACAUCCCUAUUAGCUUCAAUCUCAUGAAUAGGACUUAAAAACAAAACUAAAUGCAACAAUUCAUAAUUCCAUAAGCAGCUCUUGUAACCAAAAUGCCAGCGUUUCUCGGAUUUCGGCUGUACUAUGGAUUACUUUUAUUUAUUCAAAGCUCUUCACAGACAGCACAGAAUAAUAUUCAGAUUUUUAACCAAUGUAUAUCUCAAAUGCUAAUGUAUAUUUUAUGAAUAAGACAUUCUUUUGUAAAUAUACACUGUUCUUGAUAGAAAUAUAU